UUUCUUUCCUUAAACUUAGAGGAAACAUGACUACUAUAAAAGUUUUAAUAUUAACUUGUUUGAUUCUUAACGUAUAUGGGGGAAUCUUACCGGAAAGUUGGUCUCGUGCUUUAAAACUAGAUAGAAAAGUUCCUGUUGAUGCUUUAUUAAGCGUGCCGGAAUUAAUUGAAAAAGCUGGAUAUCCUUGCGAAAUUCAUGAUGUGGUUACUCAAGAUGGAUAUAUUCUUAGUUUACAUCGAAUGGCUCAUGGAAAAUAUGAAACAAAUGAUAAAAAUAUAAAAAAACCUGUUGUUUUUAUGCAACAUGGAAUAUUAGCAUCUUCCGGUGAUUGGGUUUUAAUGGGUCCAAAUAAAGCGUUAGGUUACAUAUUAGUUGAGAUGGGUUAUGAUGUUUGGAUGGGAAACUCAAGAGGAAAUCGUUAUUCAAGAAAUCACACCUAUUUAGCAACCGAUUCUCCUGAAUUUUGGGAUUUUUCUUGGCACGAACUCGGCGUUUAUGAUCUUCCGGCGAUGAUCGAUUACGUUCUUGAAACGACCGGUCAUGAAAAACUUCAAUAUGUCGGUCAUUCGCAAGGAAAUACGAUUUUUUAUGUUAUGUGUUCUGAAAGACCUGAAUAUAAUUCGAAAAUUAUAUCACAAUUUAGUAUGGCACCGAUUGCUUAUGUGAGUCAUAUGAAAAGUCCUCUUCUUAAAACGUUGUCUUACGGAGCUUGGGGGCUCGGACAAAUUUUUUCUUUGGUUGGUGUAAAUGAGUUUUUACCAAAUUCGGAAUUUAUGGCAAACGUUGGGAUUACUAUGUGUAAAGAUGGCGAUUUCACCCAACAAAUAUGUACAAAUACAAUUUUCGCUUUAUGCGGUUUUAAUAAAGCCCAAAUGAAUACAACAAUGUUACCGGUGAUAUUAGGUCACACCCCAGCUGGUUCUUCAACGAAACAACUUUUACAUUUUUCACAAGAAAUUAAAUCCGGUUAUUUUAGACAAUUUGAUUAUGGAUUUAUCGGAAAUAUUAAAAGAUACCGAUCGUGGAAUCCUCCAAAUUACAAUUUAAAAAACGUUAAAGUUCCCGUUUACAUUUUUCAUAGCAUGAACGAUUGGUUAUCAUCGUACAAAGACGUCAUGAAACUUUACAGCGAAUUGGCUAAUCCACAAGCUUACAUUUUAGUUCCAGAUCUUAAAUUCAAUCAUUUAGAUUUCAUUUUUGGAAUUGAUGCGCCGUCGUAUGUUUAUAAAACACUUACUGCACUUUUAUUGUCGAACUCAUAAUUGUUUAUUAGAUAAAGAAAUUAUCUAAUGUGUUGUUAAAAAUAGCCUUACUCAGCGAAUGCGAAUUCAGCGGAUGAUUAAUAUUUGACGUAGUGUGGUUAUAAAGGUUAAUGUUAAAAAAAAUUGUUUAACUUAUAAAGUUGAUAAAGAUACAUUUAUUUUUAUUUUUCAA